AACGCGGGCUGCGGCACCCCUGGAAAUUAGGGCGAGCACCCAGCGCGGGCUGGUGGAGCCCUUCCUGGGGCCCGCCGCGGCGCCGCAACAAAAGGCCCGGUUGGGCCGGGGAGCUGGAGGUCUGCCUGCGCACUUCACAGGCAGGCGACCCCGAAGCGGUGAGGCUUCCCCUAGGCGGCUCCCGCCGCUCCCCUGGGCUUGUUCUGUGUUUAAGCUCCGUGUCCCUGGCCCAGGUCAGCGCCUUCCUCCCCAGGUGCUUCCUGCAGAUCAUUUAUCUUUCCGAAUAAAAUAAGAAAUGCCUCUUUCCGGUUGUUUUUUAUUCUCGGAAAUUAGAAACAGGAAAACGUUUUCACUGAUAGGCUGCUUUCUUCAGGAUGUGAGUGAAUGUUUAACUGAGGCUUCUGUACUCGGGUUUGGCUUCCUGAUUACAUGCAAUUUGGGUUACAAAUACAGUCCUGGAUACUUGGAGCCUUUUGCUUCAGCUGGUAGGGAGGAAAAAAGGGGGAAACCGUCCUGCACCAGUUGCUUCUUGUGAAAGGGGAGAAAUAUCGGACACUGAUCUAGGAUUAUUUGUCCAAGUGCUUCCUCCUGAAAAGACUUCUGAAACAAUCAUUAGGCAUCUGAGAAGUGAAUUGGAAGUUUGAAGUCGUGAGCUUUUUCUUUCCAGCAGUGCAGAGUGCCUCACCCUUGGAUGCUUUUGUCCUCGUGGCAUGGAUACAUGGCUAAAUUUAUCAAGUUCUGAAUACUUCAACUGCCAAAAUAAAGCGCUGUUUUGCUUUUAGUUACUUUUUUCUUCCAAGCAACGUUCUGAGUCAUAGGCAUAACCAGUUUUGUUAACUGGCUCCAGGUUAAAUGCAGCUUGAGUUACUGUGUAGAUGUUGCUGAAAAGUUUCAUGGCAGAUAUUUUUACCCUUAUUUUAUUUUUUAGAUUUUCUGAUAUAGCCUUCUGUUAUUUCGCAGUGAGACCUAUUUUCUAAAUGAAGUGUCUAAUAUAAAUUUGUUUAUAAUUUUUUUCUUUUAUAUUUUUUUUUUUGUUGAAAAAUGUUGCCAAUAAGCAAUGUGGUGGUAUCCAGAUAGCUGUUGUUUACAAAUGCCUCUGUUACCCGAAGCUAGGAAAUGUUCCUCUGUUCAGAUGUGAAAUUUGGAUUUUUGGCUUCACAGUUUGUGGUGUAAAAAGUGUAUUUAUUUCACCUGUAGCUGAUGCUUCUUAUAGUGAAAUGUACAUGGAAUAGACAAGAGAAGCAGCUGUCAGAAAAAAAAAAAAAAAAGCUCCUUAAGGUAGAGACUUGGCAAAUUUUGGAAAUAGCCUUGCAGAAUCUGUAAGCAAGAAGGAUGGGUAGCUGAUUUCUGUGAGGUCAAAUCUAUGUCAAACAGCUACGAAUGUAGUAUUGAUAAGAACUCUGGAUAUUAUCUUAAGGAAAACAAACUGGAAAAAUAUAAGUCACGCAGUACUAACACCUUGUGCAGUCCUCUUGGAUUAGGUUUGCUUUCAGCUGGAUUACUACUGCCUCAAAAUUAAGAUGGACAGAACAACUUAAUUCAAAAGGACUUGCCAUGAGGUGCUGAAGCCUUGUUUCAUUGAUUUGGAGAGACUGGACCUAAAUGGCGCAGCAUGACUUUGCUCCAGCCUGGCUUAAUUUUCCUACUCUGCCGUCAUCAACAAAGUCAUCACUGAACUUUGAGAAACAUUCUGAAAAUUUUUCGUGGACAGAGAAUCAUUAUGAAGCAAAUCGCAGAAGACACAACUCUUCAGAUGGGUUUGAUCCUAACAUUGGAUGGCCCAAUGGAGGGCAUUUUGGGACAAAAGAGAAGAAUGGUUGGCGUUCACAAGGCAGAAAUGGUACAGAAAAUAUAACCCAUCGUGGGGGAUACCAUGGUGGAGGUUCCCGCACUCGUACCAGCACUUUCCACUGUGGAAAAGGCCAAGGACUGCAUGAAAACAAUGUAUCUGAUAAUGAAACUGGGAAAAAGGAAGACAAGGAAGUACCCAAACAGUUUGAGGCUGAGGAUUUUCCAUCUUUGAAUCCUGAAUAUGAGAGAACACCAAAUCGGAAUAAGUCUUUAGCUGCAGGUGUGUGGGAGUACCCUUUGAAUCCUAAAUCUAGAUCUCCAAGAAUGCUGGUCAUUAAAAAGGGCAGUACAAAAGAACUACAGAUAUCUGGAUUCCCUGUAGUAGGAAGUCUUCAUUCCCAGCCAGUAAAGAAUGGAACUGGCACAAGUGUUUAUAAAGGAUUAAUCCCUAAACCUGCUACUCCACCCACAAAGCCUACACAGUGGAAAAGCCAAGCAAAAGAAAAUAAACUUGGGAAUCCAUUUUCUCAUGAAUCUGCAUAUGGCAUUGGCAAUUUCAGUCCUUUCAAAUCAACUGCCAAGGCAUUUACUGUAUCACAGAAUUCAGUGAAAGAGUGUAAUCGGUCAAAUUCGUUGUCCCCUAUUGACAAAAUUGGUCAGCCUCGUUUAACAAAAUUGACAAGAACACGGACUGAUAAGAAGAGUGAAUUUUUGAAAGCAUUGAAACAAGAUAGAGUGGAAGAGGAACGUGAAGACGAGAAUCAUGCUGGGCAAGAGAAGGGGAAGCUGUUGUCUGAAUUUAAAGAGCAGUAUCCAAUCUUUCUGAACUUGUGGCAGAUGAAUUUGCUGGUCGAGGAUGAUGAGUCCUUUAACUUGCACAACAGCAACAGUCCUCAUCAUGAGAGAGAUAUAAACCGAAACUUUGAAAAUGAAAUUCCACAAGAGAAUGGCAAUGCUCCAAUUACAUCUCAACAGAUCAUUCGAUCUUCAACUUUCCCUCGGGCAGAUGUUCUUUCAAGCUCGCUUGAGGCAGAGCAUAGGUUGUUAAAGGAGAUGGGCUGGCAGGAAGACAGUGAAAAUGAUGAAACAUGUGCUCCACUAACAGAGGAUGAGAUGAGGGAAUUCCGAGUCAUUAGUGAACAGUUACAAAAAAAUGGCCUUCGGAAAAAUGGCAUUUUGAAAAAUGGCCUCAUCUGUGAUUUUAAAUUUAGCCCCUGGAAAAACAGCACUUUCAAACCUGCUCUGGACAAUGAGGAUUCUGAGACAAGCAGCAGUGAUACGUCAGAUGAUGAUGAUGUGUGAAGAUUUCUGUAAUAUCUGUAGAAGCUUGUUUUGAUCUCAUGAAAAUUUGGGGAUGUAUUGUCCAAAAAAAUUUCUAAUUAUGUAGUAACAUACCCCAUUAGAGGAAGAAUGAUGGGACUCCUCCCUGAAGAAAGCAAGGAAUGUUGUGUUGAACAUUACUAUAAUUUCUUUGCAAACAAAUGUUGUAGAAUGAGGACUUGGGUUGACUCAGCAUUGACUUUCUUCAUCACUGCAGCAUUUCUGACUAGCAAUGUGACAAUGUAACAAAUCAGACUUUCUCAUUUAAUAAUAAAACCAAAAAGAAUUGUGUAAUGUCUUGCAAAGCUUCUGUCUUAAUAUGUCCAAGUCUAUUAGGAAAAAAAGGGCAGCUUGACACAGUGUUUUGCUUGCCAAGUCAUUUCUUUCUUAAAAUGGAAAUCCUUGAGUCCACUUUGUACACAAAAAGGGCAAUGUAGCAUGUUGGCUAAAAUGAGCAAAGUGCACUAAAACUCUUUUCCUUAAUUGAGCUGUUUGUACUGUUCUGCUUUUUCCACACAUAACUGUUCUUUAGCCAUUUGUAGUGUAGUCAUUGUUAUUAACAGCAAAAAAACCUGAUGGUUUGGUUCCAAAUUUCUAGAACUAACCUUUUAAAUUGAAAGCUUUAUGUGGGGGUAUUGCAAGACCCAGUAUUCUCACAGUGAACACAUUUCUUGUGGGGAAAAUAAGCACUCCGAUUUUAGUAUUCACGUGCAGAAAAAAUAAUUACACUGACUGAAUUUGUCCACUACAUGGAAAAUAAACUGAUUUACAGAGUAUUGUCUCGGUGCAUAGCAUCAAGGGUAUUGUUUUAAAAUCUACUAAGUUUUGUUUGCAUUUAUAUUAAAUGUACUCUGUCAGCAGUGACUGCAUUUCAGAAUGAGUUAAAAAUAUUUUUAUCACCAGAUCUUGCUUUUAUAAGCAGCAGAAAUAUAUCUAUGCAAUAAGCACGUUUUGCUUUCUUUGUGUCAAACUUUUUCUUUAUAAUCAUGCAUUUAAAAACUAAUAUAUUAUUUAUAGUUUUAUUUGGUUCAUUUUAGUUCUUUAAAUAUUUUCCACAGGGUUGUACAAACUAUGUAGGGUUAAUUCAUAAGCACAACUGCUCUUGGUGAUGUCAUGUGCAUUUAUAACAUAGCUUAUAUAUAGACAUUCCUCCUUCAAAAUAUUUUUGAAUUGCACUACUUCUUAUAGUAGGUAAUUUGCAAUUUAAAACUAAAGCAAAAAUAUUUAUAAAGCUGAGAUUUUGUCUAUGUUUAACUUCUUUAAGAAAAGUCAUUUUUUAUAAGGUGGCAUCUAACAAUUUUGGGCCAAAGGUGGUG